AUGGCGGAUGAGGAAGUUGAAGAGGUCGGCAAUGGCGAUGGGGAUAUUAGGAAACAGCGUUCCGAUCAAGUGGUUAUGGGAUGUUCAAACAGCAAGGUGAGGAGGAAGACAAUGAGAAGAAAGAAAAAGCGUAAAUUGAGGAGAAACGAUCUGUGGAGUGACGACGACCCUAGGAGGAAAUUCCCACCAGAGCGGAACAGAGGGGUGUUGGGGCGAGGCGACACCCAGCUAGUGCAAAAAAGUCCUCUGCAUUCGAUAAACUGGAUGUGUAGUAGUUGUGCUCCUGAGAAACAAACGCAAGCACACUGA